CGUUAUUCCUCUACAGCCGUGUGCUUCAUUCCAGUGCACGAGCCGAACGAAGCAGACGGUCCACACUGCAGCCGAAGCUGAUACAUUCGCUCAGGGAAUACAUAUCAAUAAACCGCGAGGCUGUUUCUUCACAGGAAUACGACUCGAUCGUGGACGCAUGUGAGCGUGCACAUGCCUGGCUGGGACUGUAAACCAUGUCUCUGACACAAGUGUGGCUCUCUCUGCCUCUGCUCCUGUAACCACAGAGAAACUAUUUGGAUCUUUUCGCAAAGGCUGCUUUUUAUUUUUUCCCUCCAUUGAUUUACAAAUAAUUAAUGCUGGACAUAUUCUCCGGAUGGUGACCUCAGACUGGACUACCUGUUUUCAACUGAUUCGCUUAAUAGGAGAGGAAGGGACUGAAAGACUUGCGCUCGCUGCCUUUUCUCUGGUUUAACAAGGCACCUUGGAGAUAAUUGAAAAUCGAGAAGGACUGCUGUAUUCACACAUUUUACACAGAAGGUGUUAUAUCCUCCGAACACCUACCUUUGCGUGUUUUGGUGAAUGGGGGUAACUCUGGUGCUGGAGCCUUGACACCGCUGGAACAGGGACUGGGACGGGGGUGCGUGGAGCGUCGGAUCACCCAGGAUUGUGUUCCCUUCGCUCUCUCUCCUGGGUCUAUUUACAUGUCCAUCCUGACUGCUUCAUGACAAUGGAUUACUUUCUGCUUUUAUGCAGCAUCUUGCUGCCUUUGGUGUCCUCCGUUGAAGAGACGCUGAUGGAUACGAAGUGGGCGACGACAGAAUUAGCCUGGACUGCACACCCUGAGACCGGGUGGGAAGAGGUGAGUGGCUAUGAUGAUGCCAUGAACCCCAUCCGGACUUACCAAGUCUGCAAUGUACGUGAGCUCAACCAGAAUAACUGGCUACGCAGUGACUUCAUCCCACGAAAGGAUGUGCUGCGUGUAUAUGUGGAGAUGAAAUUCACAGUGCGUGAUUGCAACAGCAUUCCUAACAUCCCAGGUUCUUGCAAAGAGACCUUCAACCACUUCUACUAUGAGUCUGACUCAGACUCAGCCACAGCCACCAGCCCUUUCUGGAUGGAGAACCCAUAUGUGAAGGUGGACACUAUUGCUCCAGAUGAGAGCUUUUCCAUGCUUGAAACUGGGCGGGUAAACACAAAAGUCAGAAGUUUCGGGCCAUUGUCCAAAGCUGGGAUCUACUUGGCCUUCCAGGACCUUGGUGCCUGCAUGUCGCUCAUCUCGGUGAGGGUCUUUUACAAAAAGUGCUCCACCACCAUCGCCAACUUCGCCGUUUUCCCAGAGACAGCAACUGGGGCUGAGGCAACCUCCUUGGUCAUUGCCCCGGGAACUUGUGUCCCCAAUGCCGUGGAGGUGUCUGUGCCAUUGAAGCUUUAUUGCAAUGGAGACGGAGAGUGGAUGGUUCCUGUGGGAGCCUGCACCUGCUCGUCUGGUUUUGAACCAGCCAUGAAGGACACCCAAUGUCAAGCUUGCAGCCCUGGCACCUUUAAGUCCAAGCAGGGUGAUGGCUUCUGCUCGCCCUGUCCGGCCAACAGCCGUGCCAGUUCAGGAGCCUCCAGCGUCUGCUCCUGUCGAACCGGGUUCUACCGCUCAGACAGUGAUGCUCCCGAGUCCCCCUGCACCACUAUUCCUUCUGCACCACGUAGUGUAAUAUCCAUUGUGAACGAGACCUCACUUGUGCUGGAAUGGAGCGACCCUCGGGACCUGGGUGGCCGUGAAGACAUCUUCUACAACGUCAUCUGUAAGAAGUGCCUGCCUGAGCGGGGAAUGUGCUCGCGGUGUGACGACAACGUUGACAUCUCACCACGCCACCUGGGCCUUACCCAGCGCCGUGUGGCUGUCCGUAACCUACAAGCCCACACACAGUACAGCUUCGAGAUUCAGGCAGUCAACGGUGUUUCCAACAAGAGCCCAUACUCACCUCACUUCUCUUCAGCGAACAUCACCACAAAUCAGGCUGCUCCGUCUGCAGUGCCUACAGUUCACCUGAUGGCGGCCACAGCGAGCACCAUGAGCCUGUCCUGGCUGCCUCCAGAGAAACCCAACGGAAUCAUUCUGGAUUAUGAGAUUAAGUACCAUGAGAAGGAUCAAGGUGAGGCCAUUGCCCAUACCAUGACUGCCCAAAGAAGCAACGCCCGUAUUGAAGGUCUCAAGACCGGUACGCCUUAUGUGGUACAGGUCCGUGCCCGAACAGUGGCCGGUUACGGUCGUUACAGCAGCCCAGCCGACUUCAGCACCAACCUGCAAACUGACCCUCCAAAGUCAUGGCAGGAGCAGCUGCCACUCAUCGUGGGAUCCGCCACCGCCACCUUGGUCUUCAUCAUUGCAGUUGUGGUCAUCGCUAUUGUUUGCCUCAGAAAGCAGAGAAAUGGUUCAGAGUCGGAGUACACAGAGAAACUGCAGCAGUACAAAUCCCCUAUAGUAACGCCGGGAAUGAAAGUCUACAUUGACCCCUUCACCUAUGAGGACCCCAACGAGGCUGUCCGCGAGUUUGCGAAGGAGAUCGACGUCUCUUGCGUGAAGAUCGAGGAGGUCAUCGGCGCAGGUAACCCACCAAAGCUCCUGAGCUACAGGGGGAAGGCUGCUAGUCACCUCCAGGCCAUACCGUUAGAGGACUUCACACCAAGCGGAGAGUUUGGAGAAGUGUGUCGUGGCCGCCUUAAGCUGCCUGGGCGUCGAGAGAUCAUCGUAGCCAUCAAGACUCUCAAAGUGGGCUACACUGAUCGCCAGAGGCGGGACUUCCUGUCUGAAGCUUCCAUCAUGGGGCAGUUUGACCACCCCAACAUCAUCCGUCUGGAAGGUGUGGUCACCAAGAGUCGGCCCGUUAUGAUUGUGACGGAGUUCAUGGAGAAUGGAGCACUAGACUCUUUCCUAAGGCUCAAUGACGGCCAGUUCACAGUGAUCCAGCUGGUUGGCAUGUUGCGUGGUAUCGCAGCAGGCAUGAAGUACCUGUCGGAUAUGAACUACGUGCACAGAGACCUGGCUGCCCGUAACAUCUUGGUCAACAGUAAUCUGGUCUGUAAAGUGUCUGACUUCGGCCUAUCUCGUUUCCUUGAGGAUGACGCUACAGACCCCACCUACACUAGCUCCCUGGGAGGAAAAAUCCCCAUUCGCUGGACGGCUCCCGAGGCGAUUGCUUACAGGAAGUUCACCUCCGCCAGUGAUGUGUGGAGCUAUGGCAUUGUCAUGUGGGAAGUGAUGUCGUAUGGCGAGCGGCCCUACUGGGACAUGAGCAAUCAAGAUGUGAUAAAUGCCGUGGAGCAGGACUAUCGACUGCCCCCGCCCAUGGACUGCCCCACAGCACUGCACCAGCUCAUGUUGGACUGCUGGGUGAAAGAGAGGAACCUGCGACCCAAAUUCACCCAGAUUGUAGCCACGCUGGAUAAACUUAUCCGCAAUGCUGCCAGCCUCAAAGUGGUCACCAACAGCGCACAAUCCACUGGUAGGGUAUCCCAGCCCUUGCUUGACCGCUGUGUGCCAGACUAUACCACUUUCACCACUGUGGGGGACUGGCUGGACGCCAUCAAGAUGAACCGCUACCGUGACAACUUCGUCAACGCCGGAUUUGCUUCUUUUGACCUGGUGGCCCAGAUGACGGCAGAGGACUUGCUUCGGAUAGGAGUAACGCUGGCCGGCCAUCAGAAGAAGAUUCUCGGUAGCAUUCAGGACAUGAGACUACAGAUGAACCAAACACUUCCUGUCCAGGUGUGAGCGACAGGACACAUAAACCCAUGCAGUCGACGGACAGCCAGACAGGAAAAAGGGGGAGGAACUGUGCCAGAGAGAGCCAUUGGAAAACCCUAGCUGCCUGACCCAUCUCUGCCAAUUAGACGCUAUAAAACUGGCUUGCAGUGCCUCUGACAAUUUUUUUUUUUUUCACUACCACUUCCUGUUCCUGAUUUUGUGUUAUUCGCCAUUGUUGCUUUUCCAUCCAAUGAGAAUGUGUGUGUUUUUGAAAGAGGAAGAAGAGUAAACCCCCUUAUACCCCAUGCGUGCCUCUUUAGCUCCGGUGUGGGUUGACAUUUGCAUGCAUGUGUGUUUUAGUGAGGUUGGCCUUAGCCCUGUAACUGAAAUGUAACACUCCCCAUGACCUCUCAACCCAGCUUUGAUGAACGUUAUAACCAGUACAGAAUGAACGCCCUGGUAUAAAAACAAGUGAACAAAUGCUCACUCCCAAAAGAAGGAAAACAAAAACCGAGAUGUUUUGGACCCACAGGACAUACGGGACCAUUAUUUCCCUGAUAGCAGUGGUUUCACUGUGCACGCGUGUCAUUCUCCAUCUUCAUAUUGAAGGUGUAUUAUACACUUGCUGGAUAAGGGUGAGGUGGUGGAAGAAAAUGUAUGAUGGGCUGAGGUCAAAGGUCAAGAGGAUGACAGAGGUCGAAAAGGUCAAAGGAGGCCAGCCACAUUUUUGGACACUUUUGCUGAAUCCUCCAUAGGUCACAAGAUGAACUCUUCACCCUGACCUGAAGUGACUCAGGAUAGCUCCACAGCUUGGGAUCACCUGCUCAUCAUCUGUUCUUUUACAAAUACAAGUGUUUUAUUUUUAUUCGUCCACACACUUUUUUUCUUCUUUUUUUUGGCUUUCUUACACAUUUUUGGGAGAUUUGUGGUUUCAAAAUGGCCAGUCAAACCUAAGUACCCCAACUGAACGCUGUAUGUGAUUAAGGGGAGCCGAGGACUGUGGCAACACUAUAGAAAGACCACUUGGCCUUUUGUGUGCGUUUUUGUAUGUGUGCGUGCGUGCACUUAUGUGCGUGUAUGUGUGAUUAAGUGUGCUUGGAUGUGUGGGUGUGUCAAGUUGCACACAAGUAUACUGUACAAUACAGCUUCCGCUAUUUGCCACCGUGGAGAAUUAACUGAUGAACCGCAUGAACUGAACUGUGACAUGGAGCAAAUAUAUCUGAAACAACUACGCUAUAUUCUGUGGACAACUGUUAAACAUUAUUUUUAAUUGAAUCCAAAAAAUGAACUCACAACAUAUAUAUAUAUACAUCUAUAUAUAUGUACAAUGCAGAGACUGAGAGAAACCAUGAUGGACACCAUCUGGAUUUAGAAAUAAUCAAAAUUCUUAUUUUAAUAUCUUGACAUCCUGCCCUAUGUAUUUAUUUGUACCUCACCUACCAAUCCCCGCCCCCCACCAACCCCCAGAUGGACUGAAUUUGGGACAGUGGACUUGGAACAAUCAGAAGGAAGAGAGACUCAAAGAGGAUUCGCCUAAUGAAUUGCUGAUUAUUAAACAAAAGAAAUUGCAUAUAAAUUGGAUAUUGUAUUUUUGUUGUUGUUCUAAACAGCCUGUAAAUGUUUUGUAACAAAAAUACUAUAAAUAACAAAAGAAAAAUGGUGUUUUGACAAAAUGAAAGUGUUGUGAUGUUUGAUUUAGAGUGAAAUUAACAGAACGAAAAGUAAAAAAAGAGAAAGUCAGGAGAGAGAGAGCUAUAACAA